CUUCUCAUGUCAGCGGUAUAAAGCCUACUUCUAUAGGGGUCUUACACUCAUCUUUGGAUCCCCUCUCCUCAUCUCCUCUCACAAGAUGUCGAGCCCUGCGCUUUUUUAAGACCUUCGUGCACAUAAUAUUUAUCCGAGAAGGCCUUCCUGUGCCCCACUGAGAAGCUGAGUUGAAAAGGCUUCGGGCGGCGGGCUGAGAGGAUUGGAAGGAGGUCGAGAAAAUGGCAGGAGGUUUUGUCGGCGGCGAUGCAGGCAAGAGAGCAGAGCUCUAUGAAGGAAGGAUCACCAGUUACUUCAUAUUGGCGUGUGUUGUUGGAUCCCUUGGUGGAUCCCUUUUUGGAUACGAUCUUGGUGUCUCUGGUGGAGUUACUUCCAUGGACGAUUUUUUGAAGGAGUUCUUCCCCAGUGUGUACCGAAGGAAACAGGCACAUCUUCAUGAGACCGACUACUGCAAAUACGACAACCAGAUUCUUACUCUCUUCACAUCUUCCCUCUAUUUUGCGGGCCUCGUCUCUACCUUUGGGGCCUCAUACGUGACCAGAAAAUAUGGAAGAAGGAUCAGCAUCAUGGGUGGUGCACUCAGCUUCUUCCUUGGUGGCGCUAUCAAUGCAGCAGCGCUUAAUAUCUUCAUGCUGAUCGUUGGCCGAAUUCUCCUCGGAGUCGGCAUUGGUUUUGGAAAUCAGGCAGUUCCCCUCUAUCUAUCAGAGAUUGCGCCGCCGAAGAUCCGAGGGGCAGUUAACCAGCUGUUCCAACUGACUACCUGCUUGGGGAUUAUAGUUGCCGACAUUAUCAACUACUUCAUAGAACAGCUCCACCCAUGGGGUUGGAGGCUUUCUCUUGGCCUAGCCAUGGUGCCUGCAACUCUUAUGUUCGUUGGAGGAAUCUUUCUUCCUGAAACCCCGAACAGCCUCGUCGAACAAGGCAAGCUAGAUAAAGCAAGAAAGAUACUGGAGAAGGUGAGGGGAACCACGAAGGUGGAUGCAGAGUUUGAGGACCUCAAGGAGGCCAGUGAUGCAGCCCGAGCAGUGAAGCACCCUUUCCGGAACCUCCUCAAACCAAAGAACCGUCCUCAGCUUAUAAUAGGUGCACUCGGGAUCCCCGCAUUCCAGCAGCUCUCCGGCAUGAACUCCAUACUGUUCUAUGCUCCUGUGAUCUUCCAAAGCUUGGGCAUGGGAUCAGGGGCUUCUCUCUAUUCAUCCAUCAUAACCAGCUCCAUGCUUGUUCUUGGUGCACUUGUUUCGAUGUCAGUUGUCGAUAGGUUGGGGAGGAGGUUUUUGUUCAUCGAAGCUGGUGUUCAGAUGAUUAGUUCCAUGGUGGUUGUGGCUGUUACUCUGGCACUGAAGUUUGGUCGUGGGGUGGAGCUGCCGAAGGAUUUGGCCAUCGUCCUGGUGGUGGCGAUCUGCGCAUUUGUGGUGGCUUAUGGAUGGUCCUGGGGGCCUCUUGGGUGGUUGGUUCCCAGCGAAAUCUUCCCACUGGAGACGAGAUCAGCAGGCCAAAGCAUGGUGGUUUGCGUCAACCUCUUCUUCACUGCAGGAAUAGCACAGUGCUUCCUUGCCAUGCUAUGCCAUUUAAGAUAUGGGGUCUUCAUCCUAUUCGCAGGCUUGAUUGUGAUCAUGUCCUUGUUCAUAAUCCUGCUCCUGCCGGAGACGAAGCAGGUACCCAUUGAGGAGAUGUCUCAUCUGUGGGAGAAGCAUUGGUUCUGGAAGAGCAUUGUGUGCAGACUGGAUUCGGAUCGACAGGAAACACCAAGGCUGCACCAGCUGUUUAGAUAGAUUUAUGCUUUUGUUUGAUUAGUGGACUUCUUUCUUCUCUUUGUGACUCUGGAAAGCAGCAAUAAGGGAAGUGUAUGAUUAUUUUUCAUGCACUAUUCGUGAUUAGCUACUGCCAUCUUUCAUUAGGCUCUUGUUAGGCAAGCCCUCUGGUGUUCUAAUUGGCAACUAUUUCCCACG